GCAGCUGGGGCUGCUCGGCUCGCUGGCGGCUGGCAAGCCAGACCCGUUUCCGUGCGUGCACACGCUCGCCGACUGAGCCGUGAGGGCCCGAGUGGCGGGCCCAGCGGGCAGCGUCCCCGAGGUCGUCGGCCGCGGCGAUGUCUGCCCGGUGCUGUGCUGGCCAGUUGGCCUGCUGCUGUGGAUCUGCUGGAUGCUCCCUCUGCUGUGGCUGCUGCCCUAAGAUCCGGCAGUCUCGGACCACCCGCUUCAUGUAUUUACUCUACUUCAUCCUGGUCGUCGGCCUCUGCUGUGUGAUGAUGGCACCGUCUGUGACCAAGCAGAUAAGGGAGCACAUUCCUUUUUUUGAAGAUUUCUGUGCAGGCAUUAAAGCUGGUGACGCCUGUGAGACCCUGGUGGGGUAUUCUGCGGUCUAUAAAGUCUGCUUUGGAAUGGCUUGUUUCUUCUUCGUCUUCUGCCUGCUGACCCUGAAGGUCAACAACAGCAAAGGUUGUCGGGCCUACAUCCACAAUGGCUUCUGGUUCUUUAAGCUUCUGCUGUUGGGGGCUAUGUGCUCAGGAGCAUUCUUCAUCCCGGAUCAGGAGACCUUUCUGAAUGCCUGGCGCUAUGUAGGAGCUGUGGGGAGCGUCCUCUUCAUUUGCAUCCAGCUCCUCCUGAUUGUUGAAUUUGCACAUAAGUGGAACAAGAACUGGACCGCAGGCACUGCCAGUAAUAAGCUGUGGUACGCCUCCCUGUCCCUGGCGACGCUCAUCAUGUACUCUGUUGCUGUUGGAGGCUUGGCUCUGAUGGCAUUAUUUUACACACAGGGAGAUGGCUGCACGGACAACAAGAUCCUCCUGGGAGUGCAUGGCGGCCUGUGCCUGCUGAUCUCUCUGGCAGCCAUCUCGCCCUGUGUCCAGAAUCGACAGCCACACUCGGGGCUGUUGCAGUCUGGGCUGAUCAGCUGCUAUGUCACGUACCUCACUUUCUCGGCACUGACCAGCAAGCCUGAGAAAAUAGUUCAAGAUGAACACGGGAAGAACGUUACCAUAUGUGUGCCUGACUUCGGUCAAGACCUGCAUAGAGAUGAGAAUAUGGUGGCCUGGCUGGGCACCUUGCUCUUGAUCGUCUGCAUCUCGUAUUCAUGUUUGACAUCAACAACAAGGUCAAGUUCGGAUGCUCUGCAGAGGCGCUACGGAGCUCCUGAACUGGAAGUAGCCCGGUGCUGUUUUUGCUUCGGUCCAGAUGGAGAGGACACCGAAGAGCAGCAGAAUGUCAAAGAGGGACCCCGGGUCAUCUAUGAUGAGAAGAAAGGCACUGUCUACAGCUACUCCUAUUUCCACUCUGUCUUCAUGCUGGCUUCCCUCUAUGUGAUGAUGACCUUGACCAGCUGGUUCCAUUAUGAAAACGCCACCAUUGAGACCUUCUUAACUGGGAGCUGGUCUGUCUUCUGGGUCAAGAUGGCCUCCUGCUGGAUGUGUGUGAUACUGUACCUGUGGACCCUGGUGGCCCCUCUUUGCUGUCCCUCGAGGCAGUUCUUGGUGUGAGGGUGUCCAAGUGCCCCGUGGCUCAGCAGGCCAGCUCCCCACUCUGGAGGGCUGCCCUUUGAACGUGUGCAGCAGGGCUUUAAGCAGCAACUGGUGCCCUGUGAAAAACUGACAUUCCCUGGCUGUCUUACGUGGGUCUCACAGUGCUUCCAGGAAACAAAAUCUCCCAAUUAGCAAUUAGUCUAAAAUCCAAAAGGAGUUGACAUCUUUAGCCAAGCUGAUAGGUGCAAUUAUGUCUUUAUGCCUUACCCUAAGUGGUAGCUAAAGUUCUGUUGCUGUUCUUCUUGGGUGUGUUUUAACCAGAACAGAACUCAGGGCACAGCAUCCAUCACAGGGAUGAAAAUGUCCUGUCAUUCUCAUCCUUGGUAUAAGGAAGCAAAAACAAAAACAUUGAGUCCCCAGCCCCCAGGUGGGUCUUGACCUCUGUCACUCACUCUUGCCUCCUGGAGCCCUCUCAGCUCCCUGUUUAUAGAGUGCAAGAGGAAGGUCCUCUACCCUCAACCACUUCCCUGUGUCCCUGCCCCCAGCCUUUUCCUUUGAGGUCACAAUGCUGGGAGUCAGGGCCUUUCCUCCCUGCCCUUGGCAAAGGUCCUUCAUUCUUGUCGGGGUAAUUUCUGUAACAAUGUGAAAAGCACAAUUUGAUCUCACCUCCAUGGAAUUCUCCAUCAUUUUAUGCCUACCCAGUCCGAGUCUGCAAUAACUAUGGCGCUUAUUUAUGGUGAUGUUCAUGUGAUUGUAGAACAACGUUGUUUUCUUUGCCGGAGCAGCAGAGGAUUAUAGCUCUUACUUGUGUCAUUAACAGAAAUGCUUUAAGGGUCUUAGCAGGAAAGUUGAUUCUUGGCUGCAGCUUCUCACCCUUCUUAAAGUGUUAAGAGCAGCCCCCUGCCCCCCUUCCCAGCCUUCCUCACUUGCAGUGUGCCCCAAUGUUAACAUCAUGGCUUCCUUGAAGUAGAAGGGCUGGGGUGAGGAGCUUCAACAGAGCUCACCGGACAGAUCUAGACAAGCUGUGAAAGUGAGAAAUUAGACUUAAAUGCAAAGGUAGGUGGCUGGGGGCAUCUCCCAAAGCCAAGAUUAUAUCCACAGAAAUUUCCUAAAUUCACUUUUGGAAAGGAAUGCUCACAGUAUGCAUUUCCAGUGCUGAUGUUCUUAGUCCAGGAUAUUUCCCGGUGCCAAGUCAGCUGAAGACUUUGGUAGAGGUAUAUUCUGCUUCUAUGUGGAGUAGAAAUACUCUCUAGACAUCCCAGAAGGACUCAGUCAAGCUGGGUUUUUUUUUUUUUCUGUGCCUAUCUGAACAAGUCAGGCAGAAUUGGGACCCACCUAAGCCUGGUUCCCAUGUGCCAAAAUGUGGAUUCUUAUUUCUACUCACUCACUAAAAGUGCCACGGGGGAUAAAUGGGGUGGAUUCUUUGAAGAACUUGCCUGAUUUUCAGUGUUUGAGAUCCCCUCUUAAAGGGUACACAAAUAAGGACACCUUGUUUGUAAACUACAUCACAAUUCCUUGUUUAGGUCGGGGGCUCUUUAAAUUCAGCAGUUUGAAUACACCUGAGAAUCACAAAAGGCAUAGGUGCACACUAACUCUAAGCAAGUCUAGUUAAUCCAGUGGGAAUGGGCGCCCAUCCCCGGGAAUGGGCGGAGAGUGGGCUGUGUGAGUGAGCUCCAUGACAGUGGCCACUGCUCUGUCUGAGCUGUGCUAUGAGAGGAAGCAGAGGGAGCUCGGGGAGUGGUGGGAGCGGAUUGUGCUCCUGCUGAGGUCUAGUCAAGGCCUUUAUCUGCCUUCUCUGCCAAGUCUGGCAGCCAGAUGUGGUGAAUUGGUCCUCGGACCAGACCAAGGUCAGACGGACAAGGCCACACAUUCCUGGGCUAGCCUUGUUGGCCCCUUUCCUCUCCAGAAAGCAGCUCAGGGAAACACAGGGCAGUGCUUCUCUGUCAGCCAGCCAGGCCCCACUUACUUUCCAACUGCCUCGGUGGUGGCUGGGUGUGUGCCCUC